CAUCUUCACAAGCAAAGACCACCUCCACAAUCCUUCAUAUACCAGCGACAAUUCUUACAGCAAUUACGAUAAACGAGCUCACUCUCCAACAACGCCAUCAUGGCCGCCAGCAACCCCUCCAACCUCAUCCCAAUCGAGUCCGAAGCCGCCUUCGACUCCGCCAUCUCCGAGCUUCCGGCCUCAUGUCUCGCAGUCAUUUACUUCCACGCGCCAUGGGCCGAGCCAUGUCGCCAGAUGAACACCAUCCUCAGCACCCUCGCAGCCACCUACGAAUCCAGCACCCCACCUCGAAUACAAUUCUUAUCGAUCGACGCGGAAGAAGUCGUUGAGAUCAGCGAACGCUUUGAAGUCAGCCAGGUGCCUUUCGUCGUGCUUCAAAAAGACGGUCGCGUGGUUGAGAGCAUCACAGGGACCGACGCAGGAAAGGUCAGGAGUGCAGUCGAGAAACAUGCAGGAAGCGGAACGGGCGGUCCGAGUUUGCCUCCCGCGCAAAAGGUGACUCCAGUGCAGAACCAGAAUCAGACCACCGAUGUUGAGAUGGCAAAUGGUAGUGCAGGCGCAGCAGCGGAGGCUCCUGCGCCUAGCCAAGAAGAGCUGAACACACGGCUAGGAGAAUUGGUCAAGGCGGCGCCGGUCAUGCUUUUCAUGAAAGGCACACCUUCGGCACCGCAGUGUGGAUUCAGCAGACAGACGGUCAGCUUACUGCGGGAAAAAGGCGUUAGGUACGGCUUCUUCAACAUUUUGGCGGACGAUGAGGUCAGGCAGGGUUUGAAGGAGUACAGCGACUGGCCGACUUUCCCUCAGGUAUACGUUGGAGGAGAACUCAUUGGUGGAUUGGACAUUGUCAAGGAGGAGUUUGAGAACGAUCCGGAUUUCCUCAAAGAAUAUUCGGUGGCGAAGAGUGUUCCCGUAUCAUAG